AUGGAGGCAGAGGGCCUAGGAGGACGGCCGCCCAAGAUGGGGACACCCCGGAAUAAAAGAAACCAGAACCGGUACUGUGCCUUCCACCGUGAUGUAGGGCAUGAUACGGAGGGAUGCUGGGCCUUGCGGAAGGAGAUUGAAGACCUAAUCCAGCGUGGUUUCUUGGGACGGUUCGUGCAGCCAGGUCGGCCGGGCCAGGAGCGCGAACGCGCCUACCGCGAAGAGCGGGGCGAAGGCUACCGCCGAGACCGCCCUGAGCGGCGUGACGCGGCCCGAGGUUACUCCCCCGAUCAGGGCACCCAGAACCUGGCAGGGGUUAUAAACACCAUAGUUGGGGGUCCCACGGGAGGAGACAGCCAUACAGCCCGAAAGAACAGGCGACCUCCUCCCGACGGAGAUGAUUCACUGAAGUGUCUGCGCAUGGAUGAGGUGAUCACCUUCGGAUCGAGGGACGCGGUUCCCUUGGCAGCCGAAAAUCAUGAGGCUAUCGUAAUAGACGUCGUCACCAAUAAUUAUCGAGUGAAGAAAGUGUACGUCGAUCAGGGAAGUGCAGUGGACAUCUUGUUCUACAGGGUGUUCAAGGAGCUCGGCCUGGAGGACGGACAGCUAACCCCUGUUCGGACACAUCUGGUAGGCUUUACCGGACCACCCAUCAAUCCGGAGGGGAUGAUUACCCUGAUGGUCACGGUAGAUCAGGCACCCAGAUGCCGGACCAUCCCUGUCAAUUUCGUGGUAGUCAAGCAGCCAUCUCCGUACAACAUAUUCCUAGGUCGGCCCGCUUUGAAUGCCCUCCGGGCGAUUCCCUCAACACUCCACCUCAGCGUCAAAUUCCCCACCCCGGGGGGAGUUACCGAGGUGCAUGGAGAUCCGGAGGUGGCCUGA